CCCGCCGCGGCAGCGGUGAUCUCAGGCCCCGGCGCCGGCGGCGGGGCCGGCCCGGUGUCCCCGCAGCACCACGAGUUGACCUCGCUCUUCGAGUGCCCGGUCUGCUUUGACUAUGUCCUGCCCCCCAUUCUGCAGUGCCAGGCCGGGCACCUGGUGUGUAACCAAUGCCGCCAGAAGUUGAGCUGCUGCCCGACGUGCAGGGGCGCCCUAACGCCCAGCAUCAGGAACCUGGCUAUGGAGAAGGUGGCCUCGGCAGUUCUGUUUCCCUGUAAGUAUGCUACCACAGGCUGUUCCCUGACUCUCCACCAUACAGAGAAACCAGAGCAUGAAGACAUCUGUGAAUACCGUCCCUAUUCCUGCCCCUGUCCUGGUGCCUCCUGCAAGUGGCAGGGGUCCCUGGAAGCUGUGAUGUCCCAUCUCAUGCAUGCCCACAAGAGUAUCACCACCCUUCAGGGAGAGGACAUAGUCUUUCUAGCUACAGACAUUAACCUGCCAGGGGCUGUGGACUGGGUGAUGAUGCAGUCUUGCUUUGGUCACCACUUCAUGCUGGUACUUGAGAAACAAGAGAAGUACGAAGGUCACCAGCAGUUCUUUGCCAUCGUCCUGCUCAUCGGCACCCGCAAGCAAGCUGAGAACUUUGCAUACAGACUGGAGUUGAAUGGGAACCGGCGGAGACUGACCUGGGAAGCCACACCCCGGUCCAUUCACGAUGGUGUGGCCGCAGCCAUCAUGAACAGCGACUGCCUCGUUUUUGACACAGCCAUAGCACAUCUCUUUGCAGAUAAUGGGAACCUUGGGAUCAAUGUAACAAUUUCUACAUGCUGUCAGUGAGGUUCCAGGAGGCUUUCAUAAACCUGAGAAGUUACUUGGGCAUAGCGCUCUGUUUAAUAAAGUUUUUUUUAAUAGA